UCUAGGCAAUUUUUCCAUCAACAUAAUGUCCGCCAGCAUCGCUGAAAAUGAUGAUUAUUUAAACUCUGGAGGCGUUCAAUCUGUUGGUAUAUUGAACCAAGCCAAGCGACAGUCGGCUGUUAACCACAAGUCAGUGCCAGAGAAUCUUUAUCUUCAAGGGUAUGGUAGACAGUUUGGUGAGAAGAUGACCUAUUCAGUGGGGCUCUCAUACGGCAGUGGCAUGCUUGUCGGUGGUACAUUUGGUUUAUUGAAAGGCUUACAGAAAGGAGGAGCAACUUCAAAGCUACGAGUAAAUGCAGUUAUGAAUGCAAUGUCGACACAGGGGCCAGCUUUGGCCAAUCAGGCAGCCAUUAUAACAAUGUAUUAUGUUGCAUUUAAUGGACUGGUAUCAUGGGCUCGUGGUGGUAAAGAUGAUCAAUUCAAUGCUGUUGGGGCUGGGGCCCUUAGUGGAGCUCUCUUUAAAGCCACUAGUGGCAGUUGGAUCGCCGUCGCCAAAUACAGUGCAGCAUCGGCAGCGGUAUUCACGGUCGUCGAUUUCGCAAUCCGUAAUAAUUAUGUCUGAGCUAUCUACUAAUAGACUACUCAUAUACCACACCAUUACUGCUGCUGCUAAUGUUGUU